CAUAUUUACAUUUCUAUGGCGGUUCAAGAUUGACAAUAAGAAGUGAUAUCAUUUUGCGACCAAUGUUUGUAAUCAUCUAUUAUAAAACUGUCUAACUUCGACGAAAAGGAACGUAACCGAGCCAGCAUGCCAGAGCCUGUGAGCCACCAGGUGAAUGCCGCUCGUAAGACGUUCCAGACUUUGUACCAGAUCUCCAAGCUGCUGAACACGAAUCUAGAUCCGACCACCCUGAGCAUGUGUAUCAGGCUAUGUGAAAACGGAGUGAAUCCGCAUGCUCUUGCAGCUGUGGUAAAGGAACUUCAGCGAGAGGUCAAGGCGAUGAACGACGUCCAGUUGGAGUCAACCAGCAAGACCAGUGCGAAUAAGUGAACAUGAGCAUAUGACACUUGUUACUCUUCCAUGUUCUUUGCGGAAUUGCUUGCUUUAUGUUAUUCAAUAAAUAUUUUCAGAUAUAGAUAUAGUA